AUGUCACAUGCGGUGGACUCCAGUCAUUUCAAGCCAACUAUGGAUGCACUCUGGACAUACGAUCCACCAAUGAGUCGUAUUAUAAACAAAGAAGGGAGCCGUGGUUUACCCGAACUCGAGCAGUUCCGACUUCUGUUCCGCUGUGGUAUCAUCCCGUUUGAUGACCUGAAAUAUCAAGAAGUCAUGCGACAGCUCGGACUAGUCAUUUGCUUAUUACUUUCACUGUUCCUACUUCUUGACGGAGCUCCACCACGACCUCGCCACCAUCAGAGACUGAUGCCUAGGCGUUAUCAUGGACGAAGGCUUCAUCGGCAAAUUCCGCAUUAUCCAGCACGAAACGAGAAACACGCGGCGUACUGUAGCAUUCGCGAAUACCACGUGAUGUGCGGGCCAGAACGACAUUGUGACAAAAGCUGCGACAACAUGUACAGUCCGCCAAACUGCUACCAUGAUGCAACCAAUCCGAAGUGUUACUUCCCGAGAUGUCUGUGUAAGGAAGGAUACGUUCGUAAUGCUGCCGGAAACUGUAUACGGGAGCAUCAGUGUCCGAACAGAUAUAGCGAGCCUAGCAAGAAUUCGACAGACCACGACGGUUUGGUAAUGGAAUUUGUGCCAUUCCUCCGACCCCGUCAUCGUGCGCGAAGAGUUCGCCAUCCGCACCGUCAUCGCCGUUUUCAUAUGGACAAAGCCUACUGAAGACAAUGAUCUUUCUCUUCGCAUCUCUUCACGCGUUCUCCAAGAGUAGAGAACGCUCGUCUCUGAUGUUAGUUCACAGCUUUCACGUGUACUUCUCACUCGCAAUAGCGCAAAACAGCUAAUCGUUUGUUUGUAUUUCUAACCAUGUACUUCGAUAUAUGUUGUGCCGUGCAUUUCUGUAUUUUCUCAAGUCACUUAAAAUCAUAAUAAGGCAGCAGUCAAGGUUCUCUACUCAAACUGAAGGCAAUGUUCGGAAGCACCUUGACCGUAACCUACACCCAGUAUUAGCCCAUACUCUAUUGUAUUCUAUUGUUUUGCAUUUAUGCUAUUUGGAUGUUUUGUGCUAACUUUGCAAAUGCCAUUUUUCAAAAGAGAAUUUUGACACUAAAAUUGUCUGGGUUUCGAACGAUUUCGCCAGCUUCUCUUCGAUCAGCCAAUUGAAUGAGUGUGGCCAGUUAUUUUUUGUA